AUGUUGUCCAUGCAGAAAUCCCACACCUAUGUGCUCCCUCCAUCCACCACCUAUAAUAAUGUCACCGGUCUCCCUCACACCAUGCCAUCGGCCAACCCGCCAGCUGAGCGUCGCGACUCCACCCGCUCGGUCAUGUUGACGGACGUCCCCGCCCUCGGCGACUGCCCAUUAGUAGACGACUCGUCACUCUCGCACCGAAACAGCAUCAGCACCACUGACGGCAUAUCUAAUGAUUCGCCCGCCUCGUGGGAUGGCGACGCCCCCUCCGAUAAUUCUCCCUCUGCCGAGGUCGACGUCAAGAUUCAAGACGGCUUACACCAUCCGUUUCCAACGACCGCAGACACCUCGCCGAAAACCUUCCGAUUCAACGUGAUCGCAUCCCACGGCAUGGACGCUUCCAUGGACGAGGUAACACCCAAGAUCGAGGAGAUAGAUGAUGUGGACGAGUUGCAGAGCAUAAAACCGGUGGGAGUGGAGACAUCGAUGGCCAAUGCGAGUUCUACCCAUCCGGAUUCCACGGCUGCUCCCGUCAACGUCCCACGGAAACGUGGACGACCACGCAAACAUCCGCUGCCAGCGCCCGGGAAUCAGAUCAAAAUCACCAAGGGUCGAUCCAAAACGGGUUGUAUCACUUGUCGCCGGCGGAAGAAGAAAUGCGACGAGACCAAGCCAGCGUGUCUCAACUGUCAGAAGAAUGCCGUGGUAUGCGAGGGCUACCCGCCAAAAGAAAUAUGGAAGAGUGGUAAGCAGAAGCUUGAGGAUGUUCGCACCCAGAACAUGGUUGCCCGCUCUCUACCUCUGCUUAUCGACGGCAUCGAAACCGAGAUUGACCGGCGCUUCCUCGAUCAUUUCGUCUACGGCUUUAGUCGCGUUUUGACCCUGAUCAACGAUGACUCCAACCCGUUCAAGGAGAUCUUGCUCCCGAUGGCCACUCAGCACCGGGGUUUGAUGCACUCGCUCAUGUGCCUCUCGGGAUCGCACCUGUCGGGUCUCCAUCAUGUUCCAAUGUUGGAGGAGCGAAAGUUCUAUCAUUACCACCGCGCUAUCAGGGAUCUCAAGGACAAUAUCACAGCGUCUUCAGGUAAUUCUGAGCAAGACCCUGAGCUUCUUAUCGAAGAUCCCAUCAUCGCAUCCACAAUUGCUCUCAGCUUGAACACCAUCUGUGAAGGGGAAACCAAAGGGGAAUACAGACCCCACAUGGAUGCCGCCCGGUAUUUGCUGUCGACACAGCAACCGAGGAAUGAGAAGUUCCGGCAGUUUAUUGUCGAGUUCUUCCAGUACCAUGAUGUCUCCAACUCCAUCACUUCGCUGGAUCGCCGCCCCGCCCAUCUGCAGGGCGGCUUACGGCUGCCUGACUUUGUGCCACACGCGCAGGCAGGGAUGUUCCUUGGAGUCUUUGAUGGUCUAUUCAAUUAUAUCUCUGAGGUAACUCGAAUUCGUGACCGGAUUCGACAGCGGUCCAAUGAAGGAUACGAGCCUGCUGUUGACUACCAGAUUCUGGGCGAUGCCGUCUCCAUCGACUCCGCCAUUCGAGCUUGGGAGACCUCGUAUACGCCCAACACGCCAAACUACUACCUGGCGCAACUAUAUCGCCAGUCCACCUGGGUCUACCUGUACCGCACCAUCCGCCCGUCCCGACCAAGCGAGAAAAUUGCACAGGUUGUGGACGAUGGACUUUCUUUCCUGGAUCAGCUGCCUCAGGAUGCAGGCGCCUACAGUAUUGUGCUGAUGCCACUGUUCCUCUUGGGCUGCUCUGCCUUCCUGCCCCGCCAGCGGGAGAGGAUCAAGAAGGGCUUUGAGACCCUCAAGGGCUACUCCAACCUCCGCAACAUCGAACCCGCCUUCAAGGUCGUUGAGCGAGUGUGGGAAGUGAUGGACACGAAAAUGGAAGAAAGUUGGGACUGGGAGAAGAUCAUCAGCGACAUGAACAUGGAUUUCUUGAUCACCUAG